AUGGCUGCCAGUCAGGGACGAAUGCUCUCCAUAUUUUUUGUUUAUUUGGUUUUGUUCCUGCUCAAUACUCAAUCAAAAUGUAAAGGGGCUGUUUUUAAACGAUUGUUUUUGCGAAAUAUUGAUGGAUUGCUCGACGAUGGUUGUCGUGCUUGGAGUUAUUUACAAUUUAUUCAGCUACGGGUUGGUUACAAGCGGGAGUUGCUGCCAUCCAAAUAUGGAGCGUCGCUUCCCGUUUAUAAAAGUACUAAGCACGGCAUGGUCUGUUUAUCUCUACCAGCUAGUUUGUUUGUUAUGGAUCUAACGAUAUAUGUUGACAUAUCCCGUAAUCCUGGACCUUCUCAAGAGUUUAUUCAUCGGCAAAGUAUGCCUUCUUUCUCAAAUUCACCUCGGUCAUGCCUCGAUGCCCAUACUGCUAAACAGAAGCUAAAUUAUUCUAUAGAAAUGUUGAGUUCAAGUUCCGUUUUUCAACCUUUUAACGACGUUGUUCUGAACCCACCUAACAUAUCUGUGAAUAUCCCAAUCCGUGUUACUAACAGAGUAAGCACUCGCAAUUAUCGUCGUGUAGGAGCCAGAAACCUGGUUAAAGUUAACAUCUCUACUGAUGAUUGCCUUAGCGAUAAGACUCGGAAUAUUAAGAAACUUCACCUUUCAGUACUUAAUGCCAGGUCAAUCAACAACAAGUCCUUAUUGAUUAAGGAUUAUGUUGUAGAGAGAGAGAUUGAUAUUUUAGCUAUCACCGAAACAUGGUUAAAAGUGGGUGAGACCAGUAAUUAUAUCACGCGGGAUAUUUGUCCGAAAGGCUACAAAUUUAUUCAUUGCCCAAGGGAGUAUGCUCGUGGGGGUGGUGUUGGUUUACUUUUUAAGCAAAAUCUUAAGAUUAAGAAGUUGAAAACAAGAUCUUACCAGUCAUUUGAGUUGAUGGAAUUAUUAUUAAAUGUAAACUCGUCUACCUACAGAAUUGUUGUUAUUUACCGUCCUCCCCUAUCAUCGUUAAACAAAGUAACAUAUUCUGCAUUCCUUGAAGAAUUUACAACGCUACUGGAGCACAUCUCCCUAGCUUCUGGAAAGCUUAUAAUGGUAGGAGAUUUUAACUGUCAUGUAGAUGAAGGAGGUUCUAAUGCUCUCAGGUUUUUGGAGCUUCUGCAGAUUUUUAAUCUUGAACAGCAUGUGAAUGUACCGACACACAGUAGUGGACAUACACUCGACCUUAUUAUCACCAGGAAAGAUGAAACUAUUAUUAACAAUCUUAAAGUAUUCGACGCUGUUAUUUCUGACCAUUUUGUGUUGCAUUGUAAUUUAGACUUGGCUAAGCCUUGUAACGUAAAGUCGGACAUUUCGUAUCGAAAGCUUGGAGAUAUUGAUACACUUAAGUUUCGUCAAAACAUUCUUAGCUCGGAGUUAUAUACAAGACCUGCACCUACUCUUGAGGAGCGUUGUGACCAAUAUGAUUCGGUAUUAUCAACAUUGUUGGAGAACCAUGCCCCACUUCGUAAAAAGACCGUAACGAUCCGACCUAUGGCUCCAUGGUAUAAUGAAGAUAUCAAAAAGCAGAAAAUAGUAAGACGAUGCAAGGAACGGAGAUGGCGUAAAAGUGGCUCACAAGUUGAUAGACAGGCAUAUGCUGAUCAGUGUAUCCUUGUUAAGAACACAAUCAGUGAAGCGAAAAUGGAAUAUUAUUCAUCACUUGUUCAAGAUGCUGGUACUGAUAGUGGACGAGUUUUUCAGAUUAUUAAUCGAUUCCUACACAGGAAACCCGAAAAGCUAUAUCCUGUAUUUGAUUCGUCCACAAGGUUAGCAAACCAGUUUGCAUAUUUCUUCAACGAUAAAAUCUUCAAGAUAAAACAAGGACUACAAACUCCAUCGUCAGGGAAUACCCGGGUUUUUUCCCACCUGGAUAACCCAAAGCUAACUUGCUGUUUGGAUGAGUUCACUUAUACCACAACGGAGGAGUUAUCUGAUAUUCUGAAAAAGACUAAAUUAAAGUCCUGUGUGCUAGAUCCAAUACCCGCAAAGGUACUUUCUUCCCACAUAGAUGUGAUUUUACCGAUUGUCACGGACAUUGUUAAUUCAUCUUUGGAAACUAGCCAUGUUCCAUCGUCCUUUAAGAAGGCUGCUUUAUACCCGACUCUCAAAAAGUCUGUCACGGACUACGAAGAAUUUUCCAACUUUCGUCCAAUCUCUAACUUAAAGUUUAUUUCGAAGAUGACUGAAAAAGUGGUUUCCUUACGUCUAUUGCAUUAUCUUCGAAGCAAUGGCCUCGAAGAACUAUAUCAAUCUGCUUACAAGCAAUUCCAUAGUUGUGAAACAGCACUUAUUCGUGUACAGAACGACAUUUUACGUGAGAUAGAUGGAAACUCGGGUGUCAUACUACUACUAUUGGAUCUAUCAGCUGCGUUCGAUACGGUGGAUCAUACGAUCUUGCUCCAAAGAAUGUACUCUAAAUUUGGCAUCAAGGGUGAUGCAUUAAACUGGUUCAGGUCCUACCUAUCUGAUCGUUCUCAGACUGUUUAUGUUAAUGGCGCUACUUCAGACAGCUAUGAUGUGUUUUGUGGUGUUCCCCAAGGAUCAGUCCUAGGUCCUAUCCUAUAUCUGAUAUACACUUCACCGAUAGGAGACAUUUUACGAUCUCAUGGCAUGAAAUUUCAUCUAUAUGCCGAUGACACUCAAAUCUAUGUCUCGUUCAAUUAUAAAGAUCAGAAUGACCUUAAGCAAGUUAAGUCGUGCGUAGAAGCCUGCCUCGUGGAUAUUAUGAACUGGAUGUCAGAGAAUAAAUUAAAACUUAACACUGAUAAGACGGAACUUCUUAUUUUGAGUUCCAAAUUCCGGGCAGAGCCUAUAUUCCCUGUGUUGACUGUGGGCUCCGAUAUAAUUACUCCAACACCCCGCGCUCGGAACAUUGGUGUUACAUUUGAUAAAUUUCUUACAAUGUCUAUACAUAUUAAUGACAUAUGUAAGUCAGCAUUUUACCACCUACGGAACAUUGCUCGUGUUAGAAGAUACCUGUCGAUGCAUACUACUGAACAGCUUAUUCAUGCUUUUGUGACUAUUAAACUAGACAAUGCGAAUGCAUUGUUGUACGGUCUUCCUAAGGAUCAGAUUGGAAAGUUACAGCGUGUUCUAAACUCUGCAGCACGACUGUUAACUGGAUCCCACAAGUAUAAUCAUAUUACACCUAUUUUAAUACAGCUACACUGGCUACCAGUCGAGCAACGGAUUAUAUAUAAGAUUAUUUUAUUGACAUUUAAAGCGUUAAAUGGACUUGCUCCACAAUACAUUGCGGAGAUGAUCAGCCAUUAUGAACCUUCUAGGUGUCUUAGAUCCUCUAAAGCUAAUUUACUUAAUGAACCAAGAUUUAAUGUAAAUAGCUACGGUGGUAGAGCUUUUUACGCAAGUAGUCCUAGGUUAUGGAAUAAAUUACCUGUCUCUAUUAGAGCAUGUACAGAUAUUUCUGAAUUUAAGAGUAAGCUUAAGACCCACAUGUUUAAAAUAGCCUAUGAUUUAUAG